AUGCCUGUCGAGUAUCUGAUAAAGCAUCGGGAAGAAUUUCAUCAUCACAAUAAUUCUCGAGUAAAUAAUGCUGUGCAUCCUAUCCAUGACCAGGUGUUUUGUUUGGAUGAGAAGCACAAAAAACAAUUGAAGGAGGAAUUUAGUAAUUUUGUGUCUUUUGUUCCAUCUAAGGAGCUAGCUUGUAGUAUUUCUACAAAUAAUAACAUAACCCACUUAUGGCACCGACACAAGCGGCGCACAUGGAUCCACCACGUCGAUGACGUCUCCGCCCUCGCCUCAGAGAUGGCUAAAUUUGACGGUUGUCGACUGAGCUGUAGAGAAAAAAGUGAAGAUUCACAGGACUUAGGAACCUUUCUAUUGGUGAAGAUCACAAGUGUUCAAGUGCCACUGAAUGCUGACACCACCACAUUCAUGCUUAGAGUUCGUGUUGUUGACUACCUAAUAGAGUUAGGAAAGAAAAUUAUGCCAAGUCUAAAGAAAAACAACAUUGUUGAAGAGUCGGUCUAUAUUUCAUCAUGUUGUGAAAUUCCUACUUUUAUGAUUGAUUCAUAUGAGGAGCUUCUGGGCCGCCCUUGGGUUGUGGAGAUUAUUCAUGGCUAUAAAGAGGCUAAUUUUGUUGCGGAUUAUUUGGCAUCCUUGGCGGCUCCAGGUGGUCUUCAUCGGUUGGAGCGCCCUCCGCUGGGGGCGGGAAUCUGGUUACAUCACGACAUGAUCGGCGUGUCUUAUCCUCUGAAGAUUAUUCCAUAG